GGAUCCUUUGACAUGUCCAAGUCUAAAGCCCAGAAGGGAGGAGCUAGGAGGAGACAAGUUCCUGACGUGGAUGAGGAGCACCUCCUUGACACCUGCCUGAGCCAUGUGCAGAAAGCUGGGGUCUGUGCCAGUUUCUGCUUGGGUGCUUACUUCCACCUAGAGUCAAGCAAUGCUGUGAGAGGAAGUGCCUUGGGAGAAGUGCAGCAUGUGAUAAGAGAUUUGCUGAAAGUGAGCCCCACCCUAGAGUUCAAGUACUCUAUGCUGAAAAGUGUGUUUGGUGAGGUGCUGAAGCAGUUUCCUGACUUGAAGGAGAGGUUCCCAGUCAGCCAGCAGGGAAAUACUGCCAAGGCCUUUGCAGAUGGGAUUUUGGUGGUGUGCAACCAUGCCAGGAGAAUUGGCAGGGAUGAGGGCAGGCUGGCUGAAGCUUGUUCCAAGCUGACUUCGAUCCAAGCUGCCAAGCUGGAAGAGAUAGCCAGCUGGCUGAAGGCACCAAAGUCAGGAGCAAGCUGUGAAGAAGGUUCUGUGAUAGCUGCAACCCCCAAAAAGAAAGUGAAGAAGGAGGAGAAAAAGCAGAGGGAAGGAGUAAGCCCUGGCACAGCAGCUGCUUUGGAAGAGUACCAGAUCCCUGCCACCCAGGACCAGGAGUCAGAAGGUGAAAGCUUGCUGGCUUCUGCCAAGAAGGCUGAGCCAAUCCCUGUGAGGAAGGGUUUGCUGAAGGCUGAAGUGGCCAAGAAAAGGCCUGCUGCUAAGGGGACCUGCAAGAAGCCAGCUGCUGCUUCUGCACCUGUACCCACUGGCAAGCUGGGAGAUGAUGAAGCAGUGGCACAGCCCUUGAUUUUGAUGCCCUACAACAAAGUGGGGAGCUGUGCUGUGAGGAUCAAAGGAGGUCGGCAGAUCUUGCAAGUGAAGAGUAGCACCCUGGAGCACAGCAAGAAGUUGGCAAGAGAUCUGAAGAAGAUGCUGGAAAAUGGCAAGACUGUGGGUGAGGUGAAGGCCUACAAGGAGAAGAAGCUGAACAAGUAG